AUGGUGAAACUGGGGAAUAAUUUCAGCGAGAAGAGCACAAAGCAGCCUCUUUUGGAGGAUGGAUUUGACACCAUCCCCCUGAUCACACCCCUGGAUGUCAAUCAGCUCCAGUUCCCACCUCCUGAUAAGGUUGUGGUCAAAACGAAAACAGAAUAUGAACCUGAUCGCAAGAAGGGCAAGUUCCGUACUCCUAAAAUAGCUGAAUUCACAAUCAGCAUCACUGAAGGGGUUUCAGAAAGAUUUAAGGUAACUGUGCUGGUCCUUUUUGCCCUUGCAUUCUUAACGUGUGUUGUAUUUCUGGUAGUCUACAAGGUUUACAAGUAUGAUCAUACCUGUCCAGAAGGAUUUGUUUUCAAGAAUAAUCAAUGCAUUCCAGCUGGGUUGGAAAACUACUACUCUGAACAAGACUCCAGUGCUCGAGGGAAAUUUUACACAGUCAUAAACCACUACAAUCUGGCCAAACAAACCAUCACACGCUCAGUGUCCCCGUGGAUGACAGUACUGUCAGAAGAGAAACUAUCUGAACAGGAGACUGAAGCUGCUGAAAAAUCAGCUUAG